AAUGAAAUCUGAAAGUUGUAAGGUGUAAAGCUGAAAUAGAUAAGAUUAAUAUGUUGUUAAAAAAAGGGCUUAGCCUUUUCGUUCUUAAGCCAUGACAAUAUUUAUGAAAAACAUCAGAAUUAAAACCUUUAAUUAAAUUAAUUUUAUUUGCUGCUUCAGUCUAUGUUAUGCUGCUUGGCUUUCCAAAAAAUUUUCCGUGGUGUAAAUUAUACGAAAGUGUCACAUGAAAAAAACCAUCUACGAAGUCCAAAAAUAUUAUUCUAAACAUGAGUUAUUUUCAUGUCCAAGUUAUGGAAAAACAAGAGUAAUCAGUUAAAAUGCCUCCUCCUCCGCCACCUCCUGCACCUCCUCCUAUUCCAAAGCAACCCUUAGGCGGAUCUAGUGCCCAAUCAAAAAACAAUUUUGAACCUCCUCCUGACAGAAAUGCUCUCUUAUCCCAAAUCAGAAAAGGAGCUCGUUUAAAAAAAGCAGAAACCAAUGACAGAAGUGCACCAAUUAUUGAUGGUUCAAAAUCAUCGUCAACAAAUGGUGCUCCAAAACCAUCUGCUGGAAAUAAAGCAAAUGGUCCCUUUCCACUUAUUCCUCCUGGAGGCUUAUUUGCCCAAGGCAUUCCGAAAUUGCGACCUACCACACCAAGAAAUGGAGAAGGCUUAUCACAGUCAACAUUGAAAAUACAGAGUAUCAAAAGUGGCAGUAGUACUUCCUCUCUGGACCAUCUACGAGUUGGACAACUGAGUGGAAGUCGCUCUCAGCCUCCUAGUCCUGUAUCAAAGCCUCGAAUGACUACAGGUGUUUCUUCCUAUCGAACUGCCAACUUGGAUAAUUCGAACACACACGGUGGUAAUCCUGAUUUCCCAGAUGAUCUUAAUAUCAAAGGACCUGCUCCAGCACCGCCUCCUGCAAGUCAGAAACCAGUCUUUAAAAGUAAUACAAAUGCUGAACAAAUUGUAAACAAGCCCUCAACUGUGAAGCGUUCUGCCUCUCAGACGAACCUUGGACAGAGGCCACGCCUUACUCGUCCUCCACCCAAUGUUAAGCCUCCUCCACCUCCGAAGAGUAAUCCUACUCCUGCGCCUCCCCAAUCUGGUCCUCCCCCACCUCCAUCAAAACCACCAAAUAUCCUCAGAAGACAAAGCUUUGGAGUUGGAGAGAGUCAUAAUUCGCGUUUUGCUGCCAAUAAACUGUCUGUUGCGAACAAUGACACUCCCAAGCCUACUUCCAAAAGCAUAGGGCCCCCUCCACCACCACCCCCUCCAAGAAACAACAGUGCACCUAAUGACCUUAAUCAAAUGGUCACGAGUUCCUCUCCUAGUAAUCAGUGGAGUAAAAUGAGCACGGCUCCACCACCUCCACCUAAUCGAGCUGUGGCAACAAGCAAUAGGAAUGGGCCAAUAAGGCCUCCACCUCCAAGGGCACCUGCUCCACCGCCACCUCCACCACAACAUCAAUUCAGUUCUCAUCCUGCUCCGCCUUCCCAGAUGAAGGCAACACUUUCAGUGAAUAAUACUCCACCCCCUCCUCCUGCGAGGGUAUCAUCUAUGAAACAAACUUCAAGUUUUGAAGAGAGGUUCAAGUUUCAUCCUGCACAAUCUUUGCCAAAACCAGACAAAUAUCCUAAUACUCAAAAGACUUAUCCUAGUAAAGCUAACAGACAAAAGCAAGGUUCUAGGCGUCAGCCUCCUCCUCCACCUCCCCAGACUGCAGUGGAUCCAAAUCCCAGACUUCAUAUCCAGUUGAAUUCUGGGAUUUUUACCAAUAACUAUGCUCACAGCUAAUUCAUCUAAUUGUAAUACUACUGAGAUAGGGAAACUCACUUAUGCUUGUAAAUAUAUAUAAAAAGUUUUCAAAUGGAUUUUAUCCUGGUGUGCCACACCCAUGUUAUGGUCAAAGCCUUCUUCUAAAGAAUACAAACCAAGUUUGUGCAUGUUUUUUUUAAUUGAUGGUUUUUAAAUUAUCGCAUGUUUCUAAGGUUUUGUACCCUUGCAUCGUGUGGCUUACUGGACUGUAUGUUUUCCUGUAGUAUACUUGUUUCCCAAUGGGACUAUUUAACCUGCGGUAUUGUUAUGUAAAAUGGUGAAUAUAUUUGCACUUGUAAAGAAUGAAAUUGUUAGUGAUAUUUGAGAGAAAUUAAUUUUUUGAGAAAAAAAAAGUAUAUUUCUAAUCAUUGUAAAGGAAUCUGUCAAUCAUUGAUUGUGGUAAUUGAGUUUAGAGAGAUUCCUGAUGCUUCAUAUUUUUAAUACUCUUCUGCGUUGAUUGUAGUCAAAUUAAAAUAAUUUCUUACUAAAA